AUGUUUAAGGGCAGGAAGUUUCUUAUCUUUCCAACUAGCAACACGCCUCGCGCCCAAGUGGUAGUGUCACUGAUCCAGCGCGAAGGUGGGACGGUGCUACCGCGGAUGGAUGGUGAAGACCCAAAUCACGUGAUACCCUUGGUACAAGAUAGUUAUCUUACGGCGACAGGGCAGCUGAAGAAUGAAGAGCUAUUCAAAUUAGAGAUUGAGAACCCUGUCGAUUGGCAAAAAUGUUCCACGCCCAUGCAGCUAUCAUGGGUUUCCAAGUGUUUGGAGAAGGGAGAAUUGUUGGAUAGACAACCAUAUGAGCUUGGUAGCAAUAAAUUGGGACCCAAGUAUGAUAAUAAAGAUAAUGAUUUAUCUUCUUCGACCAAAAAGCGCAAGUUUAGCGCCAUAAAUGAUGUCAGUGAGCUAAAGCCGGCUACGAAAACUACCGAAAUUCUUCCAGUUACGAACGAGCUUAUUGUUAAUGCGCUUGAUUUCCUUGGGACGAAAUGCAAAUUACGGGGUGACGUCUAUCGACAGCGAGCCUACAAUCUCGCUAAAACGUCUGUGUUAGAAACUAAUAAACCUAUUAAGACUUACGAAGAUGCCCGGGCAUUGCCAAAAAUCGGUGACAGCAUUGCGCGUAAAAUAGCGGAUUUUGUGACCAAUGGUGGUCAUAUGCCUGGCUUCGAUAUGACUCUCUCUUCAUCGGAACUAGGGCUACAAUACUUCUCAGAAUGUUAUUCCGUAGGUCCACGGAUUGCUCAAAAUUGGCAAAUGCAGGGCUAUAUGACGUUCCAAGAUGUAAUUCAGGAUAAUCACCGCUGGAAGUGGCACUGGUCAGCACUUUGGGGAAUGAAAUAUUUUGAGGAUUGGCAAAUUCGGAUGUCGAGGAACGAAGUUGAAGCGCACUUUAAUAUGCUGAAAAGUCAUGCACCUGAAGGUGUCAUCAUAGAGGUACUGGGGUCCUACAGGAGAGGGCACGAUACUUGUGGUGAUAUAGACGUUAUUUUUUAUCGUAAGAAUUGCGAUGAUAUGGAGGUAUUGGGGCACGAUCUAGAAACCUUGCUGAAUAGAUUGUCUGAUAGUGGUUACAUAAGAUGCCCAUUACAGCUCAGUAGUACGCUGGAACCCAUCUUCUCCAAAAGAGUAAAAGGCCUACUGAAAGAGUUGGGUAUUGUUUACACUGGCGGUAGGCUGGGAGAGGACAGGCCAAUGUCGAAGAAGUUUUACUGCGGUGUGCGGCUUCCAGAUUCAACAACAGUAGAUCCACCUAACAAAGGAACGGUACCAGAGAUUCCUUUUAAGGAUGAGGAUCGCAAGCUGUUUUCCAAUACACACAAGCAUCAUUGUAGAAGGCUUGAUAUUUUGUGUUGCAAGUGGAGCGAACGUGGCUCGCAUCGUCUUUAUUUUACUGGUAACCGCGAAUUUAACAAGCUUGUACGUACGCAUGCUACUGAGCGCAAUUUGAGUCUGAACCAGCAUGGUCUCUUCGUGAAGGAUACAGACGUCUGCCUAGAAAGCUUUGAUGAGAACAAGAUCAUUGAGCUAGUCGGCGUUACACCGAUGAGCCCAUCGCAUCCUAGUAGAAAUAAGUAA